GACUUGUCUCCCCACUGCCACGCCGGGGGUCUCACCUCUCUCUUUCCGCCCCCCCGCCCCGCAGCGUGGCCGUCACCCGCUCCAAGGACGUCCCCCCCUUCGGGCCCCCCAUCCCCAGCGGGGUUCCCUUCCGCAAGUCCGACGCCUUCCGCGAUUUCCUGCUGGCCAAAGCCAUCAACGCGGAGAACGCGGCUCACAAGUCGGACAAGUUCCACGCCAUGGCCACGCGGACGCGGCGCGAAUACCUGCAGGACCUGGCGGAGAAUUUCGUCACCAACACCCCCCUGGACUCGGCCGGGAAAUUCAACCUCAUCUCCUUGGCGUCCAAAAAGAAAGAGAAAAGCAAAGGCAGGGUGGGAGCGGAGCUGCGCAGCGCCGGGGCCAUCGCCUGGCGCGUCUGGGCGCAGGAUUUCGCCCGCGGGGAGGAAAUUUCCUGCAUCCUGGGCGUCUCCAACGAGUUCGUGGUGCUGCUGGACCUGGGGGCCAAGGAGGUGGUCUUCAAUUGCUUCUGCGCGGACGUCAUCGGCUGGACGGCCGACGGCGCCAACCUGAAGCUCUUCUACGGGCGCGGGGAUCACGUCUGCGUGCGGGCGGCCGACGGGGGGCCGGAUGACGUCAGGGAGAUCGUGCAGAGGUUGAAGGUGACGACGCCGGGCUGCGACACGGUGGACAUGACCCUGCGACGCAACGGGCUGGGCCAGCUGGGCUUCCACGUGAAGUACGACGGCACGGUGGCCGAGGUGGAGGACUACGGCUUCGCGUGGCAGGCGGGGCUGCGGCAGGGCAGCCGGCUGGUGGAGAUCUGCAAGGUGGCCGUGGUGACGCUGAGCCACGAGCAGAUGAUCGACCUGCUGCGCACCUCCGUCACCGUCAAGGUGGUCAUCGUGCCCCCCCACGACGACGGCGCGCCGCGCAGGUAGUGGCACGCGGCACCGCCGGCACCGCGCCUGGCAACACCGCGCCUGGCAACACCGCGCCGCGUCAGCGCCCCGCGUGUCACCUCCACCC